GAAAGUGACAGCCAAUUGGUUAAUGUCAAACAGGUAUUAGUAAAUAAAUUCUACAUACGUCACUAUAACUAUUUGGCAAAUAAUAAAACUAAAUGGAAAUGUGAAUGUAAAAAGAAUUAUUAAAUAAGCGAAAGAAAUUGUAUCCAUCCUGUACAUCUAAUAAAACACAUAUUUGCAAUGGACGAGAGUAAUAUACCCAUCGACAUUAAUAUAGGAAAACUUCAAGAUUGGUUAGUCAGCCGAAGGCACGUAAAUAAAGAAUGGCAAAAAAACAUUCUUCCCGUUAGGGAAAAGAUUAAUAAUGCCAUCCAGGAUAUGCCUGCCCACAAUGAUAUAGCCGCUUUGUUAUCUGGGAGUUAUAUAAACUACUUUCAUUGUUUAAAAAUCAUUGAGAUAUUGAAAGAAACUGAGGCAGAUACUAAGAAUCUGUUUGGAAGGUAUGGGUCGCAAAGAAUGAAGGACUGGUUGGAUGUUGUAAAGAAUUACGAAAAAGACAAUCUCUACUUGGCUGAAGCUGCUCAAAUGCUAGCAAGGAAUAUAAGCUAUGAAAUUCCUGGCUUAAAAAAGCAGAUAGCAAAAGAGGAGCAGUUACAAGUUGAAUGUGAAAAGAAAAAGAAUGAUUAUUUGAAGAGUGAAGCAUCAACUAAAACUGAAUUUCUUAAUCUAUGCAAACAACUCGGAAUCAAAGGGGACAAAAUAAAAAGGGAGUUAGUGGAGCGUUUAGAGGAGCUUCCCGGUAUAUAUCAUGAGAUUGCCAGUUCGCUCAAGCCAGUCCGUCCCAGUAUAGAACUGUAUUCCGCAUUCACAAAGUACAUGCUCGGAGAAGAUGCCUCAGAUGUAUUGCCCUUGUUACAAUACGUGGUGGAACAUGGCAACACCACAGUGUAUGAGUGGAUGUAUGGUGAAGCUCCGUUGAGUGUGGAACCUGAUGCAAUUCACAUUGAAAUUGAUGAUGGCAAGCAAGGAGCUGGAGAUCAGAUCGAUUUUGGAGAUGGCGCCAUAGACUUUGGUCCGACCGACGCACCAGCUGAAAUAGAUUUUGGUGACGGAGAUACUGGAGGGGAAAUUGAUUGGGGCAACAUUGACGCAGCUCCCGGCGAAGUUGACAUGUCAACCAUAGCAGAAGUAUCAAUAGAAGACGCUGGUAUAGUGGUGGAGGAGCAGGGGAUGGGAGGUGGAGUGGCGCGCGGGAAGGAGGCGCUCACGUUAUUAGACAACCCUAGUACUAGGAACCAAAUCAUUGAUCAACUUGUCGAACUCGAAUCGUUCCUCAAGAUGCGUGUAUACGAGACGAUGUUAUCGAACGAGAGCCAGACGUACUCGCUGAUACAACAGUUGCCGACCGAGAGCGAGGCGGCGCUGGCGGCCAUGUUGGACACGGUUCAGGCAGCGACUAAAGCGCUCACCGCGCCGGAGAUUGCGCACUUGCAUAACGUGAAGCACUCGCACAAAUACGUAGACGUGCUAACAGCGCAGUUACAGCAGAAGUUGGCGAUUUGCGACAAAAUGGCCCGUUUAUCAGAGAGAGAGGCAGAUAAGAAAAAGGCAGCAAGUGAGAGGGCGAUAGAACUACGCCCUCUGUUGACUCGUUUGGUGGAACGGACGAUUGACUUGCAGGCUAAUAUUGAGAAGGAAAUUUCAAAAAAAUACAAAGGACGUCCCGUCAACAUCAUUGGAGGUGUGAAGUUUUUGUAGAAUUGUUAAUUCAUAAACAAAUUGUUUGCAUAUAUUGAAAUAUAUUAUAUUUUAUGGUU